AUGGUUGUGAAAGGUCUAGGGCAAUUAGAUCAAGAUUAUAAUGGAUCUGAGAUCCGUGUUGGUAUCAUUCAUGCUCGUUGGAAUAAGAUGAUCAUUGAUGCCCUGGUAAAUGGAGCUGUUGAACGACUCAAAUCAAUGGGCGUUCGGGAAGAAAAUAUAGUGGUGGAAACUGUUCCCGGAUCAUUUGAACUUCCUUGGGCCGCCAAGAGAUUUAUUGACGCUCAGAAAGUUGCGGGAGAGCCUCUUGAUGUCGUUAUUCCUAUUGGCGUUCUGAUAAAAGGUAGCACGAUGCACUUCGAGUACAUCUCAGAGUCCACGACGCAUGCAUUGAUGAACUUACAAGAAAAAGUUGGCAUACCUGUCAUUUUUGGGCUCCUCACCUGCUUGACUGAAGAACAAGCGCUCGCAAGGGCUGGACUAGAUGCAGGUGAGAGCAUGCACAAUCACGGCGAAGAUUGGGGUGCAGCAGCAGUUGAAAUGGCGGUCAAAUUCGGACCAAAUGCCUUUUGA